GCAGGCGCGUGGCUCGCGCUCCCGCCGCCGCCGCCGCCAUGAGUCGUGCCAAGUUCAUCGAUAUUGGUAUUAACCUGACAGAUCCUAUGUUCAGAGGAAUCUACAGGGGAACACAAAAACAUCAAGAUGACUUUUUGGAUGUGGUAGAGAGAGCAGUCAAAAUUGGCAUUAAAAAGUUUUUGAUUACAGGUGGGAGUCUACAAGAUAGUAAAGAUGCAUUGCAGCUGGCACAAACAAAUGACAUGUUCUACAGUACAGUUGGCUGUCAUCCUACCCGCUGUGGAGAAUUUGAACAGAGUAGCCCUGAACAGUAUUUAUCUGAAUUAAAAAAUCUGAUUGAAAAAAAUAAGACAAAGGUAAUAGCAGUUGGAGAAUGUGGCUUAGAUUUUGAUAGAUUAGAAUUUUGCCCAAAGGACAUCCAACUCAAGUAUUUUGAAAAACAAUUUGACCUGUCAGAGCAGACAAAACUGCCCAUGUUUCUCCACUGUAGAAACUCACAUGCUGAAUUUUUAGCUGUCUUAUAUUUUUAUUUAUUUCAUUUCAUAGACAUAAUGAGAAGAAACCGAGAUAGAUUUGUGGGAGGGGUGGUGCAUUCUUUUGAUGGCACAAAGGAGGAAGCAGCAGCUAUAAUAGAUUUGGAUCUUUAUAUUGGAAUAAAUGGCUGUUCAUUGAAAACAGAAGCCAACUUGGAAACACUGAAAUCAAUUCCUAGUGAACGAUUAAUGAUAGAGACUGAUGCACCUUGGUGUGGAGUGAAAAAUACUCAUGCUGGAUCAAAAUACAUUAAAACUACGUUUCCUACAAAAAAGAAAUGGGAAAUAGGGCACUGCUUGAAGGACAGAAAUGAACCCUGCCAUAUAAUUCAAAUACUGGAAAUAAUGGCAGCAGUAAGAGAAGAUGACCCACUCGAGUUGGCCAAUACUCUAUAUAACAACACUAUUAAAGUCUUCUUUCCAAAUAUAUAAAGUUGUUUUUUCUUACAUUUAUUCAGCAUAACUUUAGUAAAUAUACUGCAAAAACUUAAAAAUUACCAUAUCUGCAAGUUCUUAUCAAUGGAAGCCACUAUGUAGUGCUUUUUUUUUUUCUUUUUUCCUAAUGGUAAAA